AGUCUCUCCAGCUGGGCGUGGCGAGCUUAUGGAGUGACUGAAGGAGAUGUGCUGAGCGCGCCCAUGCUCUCCGGGUCACUCAGCCCUGCCUGCACCCAGGGAACCUCUGCCCAGGGUCCGAGCAAACAUAGACACUAAACAAAUCUAAAGGAAUUGGAAACCAAGCAAGCAGAAACAGAAUAUGCAACAGCGACUGUAUGUGGGCACAGAGACUGAAAUAUCUGCCAUCUGGCUCUUCACAGAAAGACAGAAACCAUCUCCGCCAGUCAAGAAGCCCUCAGAAGUCCUUUGCCAUGGAUACAGAAGAUGAAGAAAACAUGAGUUCGAGCAGCACAGAUGUUAAGGAAAGCUGCAGUCUGGACAGCGUGCCCCCCAAGGACGGCAGCGCCCCCGGGCCUGGCGAGGGCGCCCCACUCUCCAACGGGGGUGGCGGUGGCGCCAGCCGGAAGCGGCCCCUGGAGGAGGGCAGCAACGGCCACGCCAAGUUCCGCCUGAAGAAGAGGCGGCGGCCGCCCGGGCCCGCGCUGCCGAAGAACGCCCUGAUGCAGCUGAACGAGAUCAAGCCUGGCCUGCAGUAUGCACUGCUGUCGCAGACCGGGCCGGUGCACGCGCCCCUGUUCGUCAUGUCCGUUGAAGUUAACGGGCAGGUGUUUGAGGGCUCUGGCCCCACCAAGAAGAAGGCCAAGCUGCACGCCGCCGAGAAGGCCCUGCGGUCUUUCGUGCAGUUCCCCAACGCCUCCGAGGCGCACCUGGCCAUGGGGAGGACCCUGUCCGCCAACACGGACUUCACGUCCGACCAGGCUGACUUCCCCGACACACUCUUCAACGGCUUCGAGACCCCAGACAGGUCGGAAAUACCCUUCUACCUGGGCUCCAAUGGGGACGACUCCUUCAGCUCCAGCGGGGACCUCAGCUUGGCGGCGUCCCCGGCGCCCGCGAGCCUGGCGCAGCCUCCUCUCCCCGGCCCUCCGCCGUUCCCACCACCGAGCGGGAAGAACCCCGUGAUGAUCCUGAAUGAGCUGCGGCCGGGGCUCAAGUACGACUUCCUGUCCGAGAGCGGGGAGAGCCACGCCAAGAGCUUCGUCAUGUCUGUGGUGGUGGACGGCCAGUUCUUCGAGGGCUCAGGCAGGAACAAAAAGCUCGCCAAGGCCCGGGCUGCGCAGUCCGCACUGGCAACCAUUUUUAAUUUGCACUUGGAUCAAACACCGUCUCGCCAGCCCAUCCCCAGCGAGGGCCUUCAGUUACAUUUACCGCAGGUGUUAGCCGAUGCCGUGGCCCGCCUGGUGCUGGAUAAGUUUGGCGAUCUGACGGACAACUUCUCCUCUCCUCACGCACGCAGGAAAGUUCUUGCCGGCAUCGUCAUGACAACAGGCACAGAUGUGAAAGACGCCAGAGUGAUCAGUGUUUCCACGGGGACAAAGUGCAUCAAUGGCGAGUACAUGAGUGACCGUGGCCUUGCGUUAAAUGACUGCCAUGCAGAGAUUAUAGCUCGGAGAUCCUUGCUUAGAUUUCUUUAUACGCAACUUGAGCUUUACUUGAAUAACAAAGACGAUCAAAAACGGUCCAUCUUUCAGAAGUCCGAGCGGGGAGGGUUUAAGCUGAAGGAGAGUGUUCAGUUCCAUCUGUACAUCAGCACGUCUCCCUGUGGGGACGCCAGGAUCUUCUCACCGCACGAGCCGAUCCUGGAAGAACCAGCGGACAGACAUCCAAACCGCAAAGCCAGAGGACAGCUGCGGACGAAAAUAGAGUCUGGCGAAGGCACAAUUCCCGUGCGAUCCAAUGCAAGCCUCCAGACGUGGGACGGGGUGCUGCAGGGCGAGAGGCUGCUCACCAUGUCCUGCAGCGACAAGAUGGCGCGGUGGAACGUGGUGGGCGUGCAGGGGUCCCUGCUCAGCAUCUUCGUGGAGCCGAUCUACUUCUCGAGCAUCAUCCUGGGCAGCCUCUACCACGGCGACCACCUCUCCAGGGCCAUGUACCAGCGGAUCUCCAACAUAGAAGACCUGCCCCCGCUGUACACGCUCAACAAGCCUCUGCUCAGCGGCAUCAGCAACGCGGAAGCACGGCAGCCGGGGAAGGCACCCAACUUCAGCGUCAACUGGACGGUGGGUGACGCGGCCAUCGAGGUCAUCAACGCCACGACAGGGAAGGACGAGCUGGGCCGUGCGUCCCGCCUGUGUAAGCACGCCUUGUACUGUCGCUGGAUGCGUGUGCACGGCAAGGUUCCCUCCAACUUACUACGCUCCAAGAUCACUAAGCCCAAUGUGUACCAUGAAUCCAAACUGGUAGCAAAGGAGUACCAGGCCGCCAAGGCGUGUCUGUUCAAAGCGUUCAUCAAGGCAGGGCUGGGCGCCUGGGUGGAGAAGCCCACGGAGCAGGAUCAGUUCUCUCUCACACCCUGACCGGGGGCGUGGCGCGGAGGCUGCCCACGUCCAGCGCGGUCUCCGGAGCCUCACGUCUGAACUGGGGGCAGGGGUGGGGACGCGGGGUGCUGGGCGUCCGGCGCGGUCUCCGGAGCCUCACGUCUCAGCUGGGGGCGGGCGUGCACUUUGGGGAGGGCAGGGAGGGCAGGGAGGGCGUGGGGUCCAGCAUCACCACUCGAUGUCCCUCUGCAGCAGUGUUACCCCUUGGAAUUACCCAGUGACUGCUUUCUAUCUCUGUUUACGUUUAGAAAUUGAGUUCUACUGAGUAGGGCUUCCUUAAGUUUAGGGAAAUAGAAAUUACUUUGUCUGAAAUUUUUGAAUAAAUAAUUUAUUCAGCGUUAGGAACGUGGUUUAUAAAGUAAUUAUAUCAAGUCACUCUUAGGCCACGUUAUUUUAAUGCAGAAGAGCGCUUAUCUGUAGAGAAGGUGAGAAGGUAGAGGUAGGAAGAAGCCUGAAGUCACAGCCACGCUGCUGGCGGGUCCCCCGGAUGGGCCGCGCGAUUGGCUUCCCUCAGCGGGUCCGCACAGCCCGGGAGAAGACCCCGCGGGAGGGGCCCGGCCCUGCGCUCGCACGAGUCCCCCAACUCCCUGGCACAGUGACGGCGUGCGUCCAUGAGGGCACGGCCCAGAUCCCUGCAGCCUUCAGCCCCCCUAGAAGCUUCUGCACUCCUCCUAGAAUCACAUGGAAAACGCGUGUUGGUUCACUUCUCAGUAAUCAGAGAUAAAACAUGGGCAGUGAUCCUGGCCAUUCAUUUGAGGUCUUCAACAGUAUUUAACUUUUAGGGACUAGGAGGAAUCCGUAGGGGCUACUGCCCAAGAAUCAGCCUACAACUCCCUGUCUUCCUUGCUCUGAAUCUCAUGGAUGCGGAUAACUCUCCAGACAUCUUCACGGGAAGGAAAUAGAAUUAAUUAAGUAGAUAGACUCGUUCUUAGAAAAUGCCACUAAGGCAUAGUUUUAAAUUAUUCUUUCCAGCUUUAUCAAAGACAUGUUUGAAAGUCAGUAUUCAGGCUGGAAGCUGGUGAGGCAGUGUGCCGCGGCCUCGUGCCCACCAGGGUCUGGACGUUGAUUGUCACGGCAGGGAGGGGUGCUGCUGGUGCCCGGGGCGGCCCAGGGGCGCUGCUCCACACCCCAUGGCCCCCGGGGUGGUCCCGGGCUGAGCCAGCAGACGGUCAGGAGUGCGGGCAAGGGUCCCGGGGGGCACCUGGACCUGAGCUCAGAGAUUUGCACCGAUUGCCUUGUUGCUUCCACUCAGGAUCAGACAGGAGCCCGAGGGGCCGUCUUCAUGGAAGGGGGGGUCUUGUGGCGGCUGUAGGCAGUCGGGAGACCCCGCCCCACCUUGACGGACUCUGAAAACGCAGAACAGGAGCAGAGCCGCGGCUGUCACCUGGCCCAGACCCCACGUGCAGGAGCAGGAGACUCAGACCAGAAGCGCUGUGUCCCCCGCUCCCCCGCUCCGGCAGCGGUUCCUUGGGGGGCGGGGGCGGGGCUGGCGGGCUGCAGGGACCCCGGCAGAGCUCAGGCAGGCCCCCGUCAUGUGGAGGGGUGUGGUUUGGCUCAACGGGCUGCCGCCUUCUUUCCGCCUGAAGCAGGAAGGGUGUCAGCUGGUGUCGCCACCUCCCCAAGCAGGUGCUCCCACACACAGAACAUCUGUGAGCCCCUGUGUUUUUAUUCUCUCGAUAAAUGGUAUUUUUUCUAAUGGGGAUUGGGAGAUGGACUUAGUUUUUAAAAAAAUAUGUGGAUUUUAAUUAAAAGUUGAGUGGGAAUGUAUUGCAUAUACACACACUACCCAGUAUGUCUGACUUCCUCCCUCUGUCGGCUAACAAUUGAGGUGAGCACCGCCUCCCACCCCAAGUGAGGACAGCUGUCCUGUGUGCCGGUCCCCAGCGGACCCCGAGCUGUGCGGGCGCAGGACGGCCCGCGAGUGUCCAGGCCCUGCAGGCGGGUCAGGAGGGAGCCCCGUCCACCUGUGGGCCCGCACAGCUCCCAGGACGGACCACUGGAGCAGAACAGAGACAGAAACGUGACCUCCAGGAGACGGGUCAGGAGACUCAGCACUUGAAACGGUCCCUUCUGAGGCUCUGUGCACUGCACCCCAUUUCCCCCCAGGCGUUACUUUGCAUACAGUGCCCUUAAUCAGGAUUCUAGAGACUUAGAAAAUUUGACACAAUCAAGAACUUGAUUUUUUGAGAAAAAUCUUCAACUUUGAGGACAUUUUGACCAUUGGGGGUUGGGAGGGUUCCCUUCUGUUUUGCUCACUAAACCUAUUCCACAAAGACACCGGCUGGCGGGCAUCUCUCCCGCCAGUGGAAGGCCCGAGUCACAGGGAUGCCUCAGCCGGGGUCAGGGGCUGUCCCUGCAGCAGUAUGAGCCCAGUGAGGGGCGUCCCCUCUUCCCAGGCCAGGGAUGCCCCAGGGUGCAAUUCUGAUUCUGAAUCAGAGUUUGAUUGACUCAUUUAAUCAGAAACAGUUAUUUUAAAAUGUGCAGCAUCUCACCAGCCAUUCAUUUCUCUGGAAGUAUUUUUAUUCACAUGAUUUCCCUCAUGCCCAGAAGACAGAAUCACUGCUUUCUUUGGAAAGACGUGUUUCCUGUAAUUUCACAUAGUGACGCUGGGGAGGGGGCAGCUCUCAGGCUCCACAAGGGGGAUAGACCUGAGGGUGGGGUCAGUGAAUGCUGGGGGGGAGGGCUGCAUGCCCGCCCCUUUUUCUCAAAACACAAAACCAAAUCAGACCGGUCCUUUUUAUUUCUGAAACAUUCUACACCAAAGUAUAGGGUCUACCCCGGCCGUAAAUUUGAUCUAGCAAGAGAAAUAGAAUCAGCUGGCUUUCCCGUCUCUGUAAUCUAUGAAAUUAGAGAAUCUCUCAAAAGAUUCCCUGUUAUCAACCCCCAACUAUGUAAGUGGAAAGGGCAGAGUAUUUGUGACCGCGCACGCACGCAUGUCCAGUGUUGUCUGCCCUUGUCCCCUGGCGUGUCCUGUGACCCUCUCUCCAGCCACGUGGCCAGUCACGUCCUCAGGGCCGGCAAGGACAGGGUCUGGCUCGAACCUGACACGUAGCUGUCCUCUGGAGCUGCUGUGUGCACUUGUUCCCUGUUUGCAGGGGUGAGCCCCCAGCCCCCAAAACACUUAGCUUGGCCACGCCAUGGGCUGAUGGUACAUCAGGAGCCGACGCCCGUCCUUCUGGACGUGACCACGAAUGUUUAAAGGCAGUCUGUGGAAUGUUUGUAGAAUGAGCCCGGAAGCAGUUUGCUUCUCCAGAUACUGGGUUAUAUGCUUUUAUUUUAUUUUAUUUUAGAAUUUGGACACUUCAUAUGAAUGUAAUUCAGCCAAGAACCCUAUCGCUCAGAUCCACUCCCCAGUGUCCUCUGUAUGUUUGUUGAUGUAUAUACCACACGUUACAAUCUGCAUGAGCUACCCCUCGCACCGAGACCAGCCGGAACCAAGCAUGAGACGCUGUCCUAUAGACAAAGGAUUGGAGAUGUUCUCAAUAAAAGACACAGUGUUCCACCACUGCA